CGCGGAUAUACUGCCGGGAAUAACCGGAUUGUUCAAAUUUGAGGAGGGAUCGAGAGAAUUCGGUGUCACACAAGGCUAAGGGAUUAAGUUACGCGUUUUUCACUACUCCGUUCGCCGUUAUGGGGAUAGACCGACGCCGGAGAGCAUCUAUGGCUCUCACCUUGAACUUCCUGGCUUUGUUCCUGGCGGUAUCGGCUCUCACCACCAGCUACUGGUGCGAAGGGACGCGCAAAGUGGUGAAGCCGUUCUGCACUGGCCCGUUCACCGCCACCAGGCAGUCGUUCUGCAUCAGGUUCAACAGCUCCAACCUCAACGACACAAGGCUGGUGCAGUACAUCUGGGAGACCGGGGAGGAUAAGUACGUGAUGAGGAAAUUUCACACCGGGAUCUGGUUCUCCUGCGAGCAGAACAUUAACAUGACCGGUGAAAACUGCAGAAGUUUCCUUAAUGUCGCACCUUCAAAUGAAAGAGGAGUGCUGUGGCUGUGCAUUGUUGCUGAGUGCCUAUACAUCCUCCUGUUGGCCACCGGAGGCCUCCUCAUGUCCAUAGAGGUGUGUCACUUGGGCAAUGUCAUCGAAGGCCUCAAGCUCAACGCCUUCGCUGCCAUAUUCACUGUGCUCUCAGCCAACAAUGUUUUCGAGAUAACGGCUUUCGGCGCUGCCCCUCGGACAAGCCGAAGAGUUUCCAGGCUCCACGAGUUCCCCGCCAAUGUUGGGAGCUUGGAGAACCACCUGUGGCGCACCAGUCCCUUCGGCAGCUGA